AACUCUACAACGCCACACGCCUUUUAGAGUCCUUCUUCUCAACCUCUCUGCGCUUCGCUUCCAUCGGCAUCGUUUCGCUGGUGGAGAAAGAAAAAUAAGAGAUGUCGGACCGGUUAACGCGUAUAGCUAUUGUCAGCUCUGACAGAUGCAAGCCCAAGAAGUGCCGCCAGGAAUGCAAGAAGAGUUGUCCUGUCGUCAAGACUGGGAAACUAUGUAUUGAGGUUACUACUGCAUCCAAAAUCGCUUUUAUCUCAGAAGAGUUGUGCAUCGGGUGUGGUAUUUGUGUUAAGAAAUGCCCGUUUGAGGCAAUUCAGAUUAUUAACUUGCCAAAGGACUUGGACAAAGAUACCACCCAUCGUUAUGGGCCUAACACUUUCAAGUUACACAGGUUACCAGUCCCAAGGCCAGGUCAAGUUCUUGGUUUGGUUGGAACUAAUGGAAUUGGGAAGUCAACUGCCCUCAAAGUUUUGGCUGGAAAGCUGAAACCAAAUUUAGGCCGUUUCAAUAAUCCACCAGAUUGGCAGGAAAUCUUGACCUACUUUCGGGGAUCUGAGUUGCAGAAUUAUUUUACCCGUAUUUUGGAAGACAAUUUGAAGGCCAUUAUAAAGCCCCAAUAUGUGGAUCACAUUCCAAAGGCCGUUCAUGGAAAUGUAGGGGAGGUGCUCAACCAGAAAAAUGAGAGGGGUGUGAAGGAAGUACUGUGUCAUGACCUUGAGCUGAACCAGGUUAUUGAUCGUAAUGUAGGGGAUUUAUCAGGUGGGGAACUUCAAAGGUUUGCCAUUGCUGUUGUUUGCAUACAGAAUGCAGAGAUUUAUAUGUUUGAUGAGCCUUCAAGUUAUCUUGAUGUGAAACAAAGGCUCAAAGCUGCCCAAGUUAUUCGUUCGUUGCUCAGGCCUAAUAGCUAUGUAAUUGUUGUGGAGCACGAUUUGAGUGUCCUGGAUUACUUAUCGGACUUCAUUUGCUGUUUAUAUGGGAAACCGGGUGCAUAUGGUGUUGUAACCCUUCCUUUCUCAGUUAGAGAAGGAAUCAACAUCUUCUUGGCUGGAUUUGUUCCUACUGAAAACCUGAGGUUUCGAGAUGAAUCACUGACCUUUAAGGUGGCUGAGACUCCACAGGAAACUGCUGAGGAAAUUGAGACAUAUGCACGAUAUAAAUACCCAACAAUGAGUAAAACACAGGGAAACUUCAGGCUUCGUGUGAUGGAGGGUGAAUUUACUGAUUCACAGAUUAUUGUCAUGCUUGGUGAGAAUGGAACAGGGAAGACCACAUUCAUCCGUAUGCUGGCUGGUCUACUGAAACCUGAUGAAUCAGAUUCAGAAGUGGAAAUACCUGAAUUUAAUGUCUCGUACAAGCCGCAGAAGAUCAGUCCAAAGUUUCAAAACACUGUCAGACACUUGUUACAUUCAAAGAUACGUGAUUCAUAUACUCAUCCCCAAUUCAUGUCAGAUGUGAUGAAGCCUCUUCUUAUUGAGCAACUAAUGGAUCAAGAAGUUGUAAAUCUCUCCGGUGGAGAGUUGCAAAGGGUUGCAUUAUGUUUGUGCCUUGGAAAGCCAGCUGACAUUUACCUAAUCGAUGAGCCAAGUGCAUAUUUGGAUUCUGAGCAGCGUAUUGUUGCUUCAAAAGUCAUAAAGAGGUUUAUCCUGCAUGCCAAGAAAACUGCAUUUGUGGUUGAACACGACUUUAUCAUGGCUACGUACUUGGCAGAUAGAGUUAUUGUCUAUGAAGGGAAGCCGUCGAUUGAUUGUACUGCAAAUUGUCCGCAGUCAUUGUUGACUGGGAUGAAUCUCUUCUUAUCUCAUUUGGAUAUCACAUUUAGACGAGACCCAACAAAUUUUCGUCCAAGAAUCAACAAAAUGAACUCAACGAAGGACAGAGAACAAAAGAAUGCUGGGUCCUACUAUUACUUGGAUGAUUGAUAUAAUCAAUAGGUUUAGCGAAUUUCAGAGGGCAUCUAUACGGACUCUAAACUUCUAAAGGGGAUCUCGGCUGAGGCUCAGGCCCCCAACAUGUUGACAGAUGAUUAGUGCUUUUUCUGCUGAAGAGGUGAUAUUUGCUUUCCUACAUGGAUCAGUUUAGGCCGUUCCAUGUUGCUACUUCAGUUAUGCCCUGUAGUGUGCUUGCAGUUAUCCAAUUUUGGCUAUUGUCAUGAGGCAAGAAUCUGAAUGUACAAUGAGUUCUCUUAACAUCAACUCUAUUUGACUACUAUGUUAUCUGCGGGAAUGGAGUUUUUCUCCUAGAAUGAAGUCUUUUAUAUAUCCUUUCAAGUUAUGUGUUUUCUGGGUUUAUGCAUCGGUUCUGCCUUUAUAUGUUAAAGAAUUAAAUUCAGUUUACCCCCAUGAGGUUUGGGAGUAACUUCAUGUUAAUCCCUAUACUUUCAAUUUCAUCAGUUUACCCCUUAAACUUUUAAAUUUUCCUC